CCUUUUAUUACGUGCUGUACCAGGGGGUGGCGCUGUGGCAAUUAUUGUCUACCACUUUCGUAACUAGUGGCUCCGCCCAUUCCUCUCUGUUUACAUUACGAAAACACACGACACAGACACACGUGAUUCAGUAAACACGGACAACUUCUCUUGAAAAAAAUAAAAUAUCUUCCAGUUUGAUGAAGCCAUACCAUCUUUCCCUGGCAUUAUUUGCCGCUACACUGUGCCUUUGUGAGAGCUACACUCUCAGGAACUCUUGGGCUGUCGCCUCCAACGACGCCGUGUCGGAGGAGGAGGCCGCCCCCGCUGUGAUAGUGGACAACAGCGGCCUUUGGAAACAGGCAUACCCGCCCUUGGUGUUACAAGAUGGUGCGGAGAAGCCCAAAGAAAGCGGCAAAUCGAAAACCGAGGAUGCAGCGCCCGUGUCCUCUGCGUCCAGGGUGUUCUCCUAUCGGAUGGAGGAGAUGAAAGCGCCCGCCAGUGCCCCCUCACCUCCCCCACACCAGGAGACGGCAAGGACCGCCAGAUACAUGGCCCACUACAGCGACUGGGGACAUCUCGCCACCAUCUCCACUCAAGACAAGGUACAGUACUGCAUUGCAAUUGCUCCAUGAAGCACAUUAUCACUCAACAUUUACUAUCAUGUCUUGUGUUCAGAGAACAGCCAGGUAUAGCCUGUUUGUGUGUGCCUGUGUAUAACAACACGUUUGUGUCGACAGAUAAAGGGCCUUCCUUUUGGGAAUAUCUUCUCGGUCAGUGAUGGCCCGAAGGACAACAGUACAGGAGUCGUCUAUUUCUACGUCACCCCGAUGGACAACACUGUAGCAGACCUGAGAAGCUUCCCAUUUGCCUCUCUCACUUUCUCAGAGGCAGAGGGAGACUUCUGCAGGUAGGACAGAGAGUGACACCCACCUCCUUUUCUUGGGGAGGUAGGUGAAUGGGUGGGGAAUAUUGGGUCCCCAUCCAGUACUAUAUUGAAGUGGCACAGUUACACAUGAUGUUCUGUCUCCCUAGGCAACAGAUGUAUGAUCCUGAAGACCCACGCUGUGCCAGGCUGACUAUGACAGGCAAGAUGGUGGAGGUGAACCCAGAGGAGGUGGAGUUUGCCAAGGAGGCCAUGUUCUCCAGGUGUGUGCACAGUGCACGCUAAUCGCUCAUCCUCCCUGAACAUGUUUUGCGUGUCUGUCCUGUUGUCUCUCACCAGCUCACCAGUCAGUGACUACACAUGUGCAAGACCUGUGUGUAUAAUGCUCUUACUCGACCUCUCUUCCUCCAGACACCCUGUGAUGAAGAAAUGGCCAGUGGAACACAACUGGUUCUUUAUGAAGCUGGAGCUCACCCAGGUCUGGCUCCAGGAUUGGUUUGGAGGGGUGUCACUCAUCCCCCUGGAAGACUACUUCAAAGCCACACCCUACUGAGAUAAACUUUAAUCCACAAUGUAUAUUAUAUCUACUACACAGUGACAGAUACAACACACGUGUACCAAUACAAGACAGGGUGUUAGCUUCUCUGUAUGGCACAACAGCUGUCAUCACAUUCAUCACCACUAACACAUAACAUAAUGGGAGGCUCUAGAUGCUGUAUUUCUGGAAUAUUUGGAAGUGAGAUGGGAAAGAUGAAUAGGGUUUAGACCUUCUCUAGGCGGAGUGUGGUGUUACCACGGCUCAUGCAGAAGUGACAACAAAUGUAAGAUGUCCCCAGUCCCACUAUAUCAUCGAGUUCAAGGGAAAGCUUCUACAGAAUGUUAAUAUACAGACACGUAGAUAUAGAUGCCUAUAAGCAGACACUGGGGAUUGUUCCUUAUUAACACUAGUGUAAAGAUUCUGUUGAAUGUACAGAAUGAUUUAUUUGCUUUGCAGAUGUUGUUUAUCCAAUGCUACCACCAAGCCUUUUCACGUAAUCUUUUGUCCAACAGCUAGACAAUGACAAAUCAAAAACCUACCUAAAACAGUCUCAUGUCUGGUGGACAAUAGAAUGACUCUGAUCUUGAGUUCUGUCAAGUCACAUUUCUAUUUUAUGCUCUGUCAAAUAAUGGUCAUGUUUCCCCAGGCUUUCAAUCGCGGUAUUGAUGCAUUGUCUGUUUUGCCAGUAGCCUAAAGCUGAUAAAGUAUCCAGAUUUUUCAUUUAUUUUUUAAUAAUUGGACCACUGUCAAUUUAGGCAUGAUCCUAAUUAUGCACCGAUCAAGAUGCCUUUUUUUUGUAUUAAAUGCUUUUCAACAAGUAUGUCGUUUGCAAUUGCGGGUUAUUUGGUGGCUGAAAUGUCGUUUUUCCA